AUGGAGGAAACCUACCUGCUGAAUGUGGAAGGGGUCAAAAAGAAGAUUCUGCAUGGAGGCCACGGGGAGCUGCCGAAGUUGCAGGAUGGGAGCAAGAUCACCUUCCACUUCCAGACGCUGAAGGAUGACUUUGAGAGGACAGUGAUCGACGACAGCCGGGAAGCUGGCAUGCCCAUGGAGAUCAUCGUGGGCAAGAUGUUCAAGCUGGAGAUCUGGGAGACGCUGCUCAGCUCCAUGAGAGCCGGGGAGGUGGCCGAGUUCUGGUGCGACGCCAUCCACACGGGCAUGUACGCCCUGGUCUCCAGGGGCAUGCGGAGGAUCGCGGAGGGUCGGGACCCCCUGGAAGGGCAGAAGCACCGCUGUGGCAUGGGCAACAUGUUCGACUACCACAGCACGGGCUACGACGACCUGGAUGAGCUGCAGCGGACACCACAGCCCCUCAUCUUCAUCAUGGAGUUGUUCCGGGUGGAGGAGCCCUCGGCGUACAAGCGGGACACCUGGGCCAUGAGCAAGGAGGAGAAGCUGGCGGCGGUGCCCGUGCUCCACAGCGAGGGCAACCGCCUCGUCCUCCAAAAGGAGUUUGCGCAGGCAGCGGCGAAGUACCAGGAGGCUGUCAUCUGCCUGAGGAACCUCCAGGCCAAGGAGAAGCCGUGGGAGGAUGGCUGGCUGAAGCUGGAGAGCCUGGUCACGCCGCUGGUGCUCAACUACUGCCAGUGCCAGCUGGAGCUGGGAGAGUACUACGAGGUGCUGGAGCACACGACAGAGCUCGUCCAGAAACAACGCCAAGGCCUAUUUCAAGCGGGCAAAGGCCCACGCCGCUGUCUGGAAUGAGCGGGAGGCGCGGGAGGACUUCCUGCGGGUGGCUCACCUCGACCCCUCCAUGGCGGCCGCUGUGAAGAAGGAGCUGAAGCAGCUGGGGGAGAG